GUACUUGUCCUGACUCUCGCGAUCCUUCGCCAGCACACGCAAUCACACCUAGAAUCAUAUACGGACAGUACGGUCAUGGACGGAUUGUCAGCCUUGUCGGUUGCUGCGAGUGUCAUUCAGUUCGUUGAGUUUGGCUGCAACCUCCUAUGCAAGAGCCAGGAGAUUUAUAAAUCAGCUCAUGGAGCAUCGAUUCAACAGAUAGAGUGUGAGGUCGCUACCAAGCGUCUUCGAGAGUUGAGCGUAACAUUAAAGCAAUCCCUCGAACUGCAUACUGCGUCGCCAACCGAACACUCUAAGGCUCUUGAUGGCAUCUGCAAUGACUGUCUCGCCGUCUCAGAUGAAUUGAUUCUGCGUUUUGACAGACUACGGUUACCAGAUGGGGACAGACAUCGGAAGUGGAAAAGCUUUCGGCAGGCUCUUAAAACGGUGUGGUCGAAGGCUGCAGUCGACGAGCUUGCCGCGAGACUAGAAGCCCACAAAAAGGAGCUUGACUCGCACCUACUUGCCUCUCUAAGUGAGAGGUUCCACAGUCUUUCCAUUUUACAAAAUAAGAAUUUCGAAAUUCUCGACUCGACCUUGAAGCAAGGUAUCGAAGGCGUCGUGAAACAACUCAGGAUAAUACACUACAAGCUUGAAGAAAAGCGCGAGGAUAUUGUCGACGAAUGGUUCUUAGAUAACCUCAAAUUCGAGACAAUGGCACAUAGACACGAGUCAAUUAGAGACGCUCACGAGAAAACAUUCUCCUGGAUCUUCCACCGCCCUACGGCUGGUCAAGGGGCCUCGAGCGCUACAGCAUAUCCCAGACCUUGGAGCAGUUUUGCGGACUGGCUGCGUGCCGAUGGAUCUAUUUACUGGAUAAACGGCAAAGCAGGCUCUGGAAAGUCGACGCUGAUGAGGUUUAUAACCCACCAUUCGGAGACAACGGCUCUUCUGAAGGCCUGGGCAGGAACAGCAGAUCUUCAAGUGGCAUCUUUCUACUUCUGGAACGGCGGAGCUUCGGAACAGCGAUCUUUUGAUGGGCUCUUGCGAACUUUGUUGUUCCAAAUUCUACAGGACUGCAAACAUCUCAUUCGCCACAUCUUUCGGGAAGAAUGGGACAAUGCGUUUGCACUGGCGUCGAAGAAAGAGACCUUGCACCAUUCACCGUGGAGCUUCAACAGACUAGAGAAAGCAUUUGAAGAACUUGCAAACCUCACUUUCAAUGCGUUGAACUCGUUCAAACUUUGUUUGUUCAUUGACGGUCUUGAUGAAUUCGAAGGCGACCACCUGCUUAUGAUCGAGCUUUUGCAAAGGAUUGUCCAAAAGCCAUGUGUGAAGGUGUGCGUUUCCAGUCGGCCGUGGCUAGUCUUUGAGCAAAGCUUCCACUCAUGUAGCCACCUUCGAUUACAGGACUUGACUUAUCCAGAUAUCAGCAAGUACGUCUCUGAUUUGUUUUGCAUCAAUCCGAGGAUGCGACAACUCACAAGGAAGAGCCAAGAACUUGCAAAAAUAUUCAAGCAAGAGAUCGUAUUAAAGGCAAAUGGGGUCUUCUUAUGGGUUCGACUUGUUGUUCCGUCCAUUCUGGAUGGCUUGGGGAAUUAUGAUGAGAUUGCCGAUCUUCGCAGAAGACUGAAACUUAUACCUCCGGAUCUCGAUACCUUGUACAGCCACAUGUUAGAUUCAAUUGAGCCAGUGUAUCUGAUUCAAGCUUCGAGAAUCUUUCAGAUCUUCAAUGCAAUUUCAGAUCUCGGCCUGCGGCCCACGGUGUUGAUGCUCGAGCAGGCUGUGGGAGCCACGUAUGGGCAAGCUGUGAGAGGAAACGCUAGCACUAUGGGCGACGAGGAAAUUGGAGCAAGAUGUGAGAGAAUGACUGCCCAUCUAAAGGCUCGUUGUCAAGGUUUGCUUGAAGUCCAUGAUAUCCAUGACCGAAAGUGGGAGGAUGCUUUCGAGGAUGCUUACGAGGAUGAUGAUACCCUCGACGACACUCUCGACAAUACUCUUGACAACACUCUUGACGAUACACCAAUUGAAAGAACAAUAACCAGAACAGCCGAAAGAACAAUCGAGGAAACCCGGACAGACUUGAAGGUUUUUUACCUCCAUCGUACUGUUAAGGACUUCUUGAAUAGCGAUGCCAUUCAAAGGAGACUAGUUUCAAUUUCAGGAGCCGAGCAGGAAUUUGAUCCACAUGCGUCACUUCUCAUGUCAUAUGUCAUAAUGCUAAAGAGGUGUAAAUGCUUAUUGCUCGACAAGAUUUCCCAACCCGCAAAUGAGCGUGUAUGGCUAGUCCUAAGAGAUGCGUUUUCGUCAGCUAACAUCGCCCAAUCAGCGAAAAGAACCAGAGUACCCCGCCUUAUGGCUCUGCUGGACGCUCUCUAUCAGUGGUCGGAAAAUUGGUGGCUAGAAGACAUUGAAGACGGAAGUUGUGUCGAAGGCUUUGCACACUAUAUUGUUACGGGAUUUCGAAAUUCCUUCCUAGCACUCGCUGUAUGUUUUGGACUCAGCUCAUUUAUCGACCAUCACCUAGAAGAGGAAGAUCCCUUGUCGAUCGAGCCGGAAUCCGCGCCAUUACUGGACUAUGCCGUCGGUCUUCAUCAACCUCUUAAACGUUACUUACAUCCAGCAAUAAACUCUAUCCCUUCCAGUAUGAUAGAAGUACUUUUACGACAUCACAAAGAUUUUCAACAAAGCCCGGAAAAUGACAAUUCACCGUGGGCCUACAGUGUGUUCCGCGCCUGGAGGCACUUUCUCGACACUCUUAGAGAUGCCCGUGAGCAUGACAGCCUAGAAGAGUUGAGUAACAAAGCACGGAUAUUCAAGCUCUUCUUGGGAUACGGUGCAAAUAUCAACAUCGACUGCCGCAGCUUGGGAUAUGAACCAGACCGACGUGGACGAUGUUCUCUUGGCAUGGUCAUCGACGCUGUAUUUACUCCUGAUCUUCCUGACGAGGCUGCCAAACUACAAGAAGAGUUAGAGAAUAGGAGAAUUAUUAGAAUUGAAAAGAGGCCCAGAGAAGAGUCGGUACCAUCUGGCAGCAAACGUCUUCGGACGAGUUUCAAGGAGAGUCGGAAUGCAGACGGUAAGGUCUGCAUCGAAUUGUUGGAUGAGAAUGAUUGAGCCUAUCUGGAAUACAACAUCUUCCAAACGCUUAAUCCUGACAUUGGCGCUACAACCGCUUGACUUGCAAGAGCCUGCACUAGGGGGAUCGUUGAAGGAUGACACGACUGUACAUGGAGACAUCUGGCAUCGUGGCCGUCACCUCUGAGGUCCAAUGGUCUCUAAUACCCCGGAUUCUAGAAUUUCUGAAAUUGAUGAGACGCUUCACAGGCU